UUCCUGUUCCGCUUCUGAGUUCCGGUGUGCGUUGCGUUGCCACCGACGAUGACCGGCCGGGGUACCCCGAGCCGCUUCUUGGCUAGUGUCCUGCGGAACGGCGUGGGCCGCUAUGUGUGUCAGCUGCAGCGCAUCACCCUGACGGUCAGCCAGCACUUGUCGAACUCGCUGGGCGCCAGAGAAUACGUUGAAGAAAAGAUAGUGGACUUUGCAAGGCAGAAUCCUGGGGUUGUGGUUUAUGUAAACCCAAAGAACUGCAGGAUCCCCACAUUGGUUGCUGAAUACUUGAAUGGAACUGUGAAGGAGGAGCCUUUAACCAGCAAGACAGUAGAAGAGAUUGCAGAUAUCGUCCAAAAGAUGGCCAACCAGUCUGGCCUAGAAAUUAUUCGUAUCCGAAAACCUUACCAUACAGAUAACCCCAGUAUCCAAGGCCAGUGGCAUCCUUUCACAAAUAAGCCCAGUGUGCUCAAUGUGCAAACCAUAGGAGCCAGACUCCAGUCACUGGAAAAAUAAAGCUAUGCUGUAUAGCUUAUGAACAUGAGGAUCUCCUGCACGCAAGAAAUCAUUAUUUGCUUCCUUCCUUACCUAAGAAAGUGGAUACUGAAGGGAAGUGACUGACUUGUGGCUGCAAAAUGAACUAUUUCUAAAUAAAUUCUACUAUUGGGCAGUUCUGGACCUGCAUGGAUAUGCUAGUAGCCUUCUUCCCAUUGUACUUUGCAGUUUAAUUCUUACUGAAAAUAAAGGAUGAAACCUAA